AAAAAAAAGCCGGUAAAUUUUUUUAAGUGCAGGUUUAAUAAACCGAAUUUUAAGCCAGAUGCUUUUACAGUAUAAUACUUAGCGCGCAUUUACAAGAUUUUAUAACGAAGGUGAAAUUAUAACUGACGGUCUAGUGUGCGCUCAUAACUGUAAUCACGUCUACCCAGUCAGUUCAAUUUAGAAUUCUGAAAAAGAAUUCGUAUACAAUUCGAGUUGAAUACCGUUUCAGAAAGUGAAUUGUACUGACUGGGUUUCACCAACCUGCACCGAGUAUCAGCAUUACACAUUGUUAAGUUCGCUUUUACACAAUUGUAUGGAGUUUUUCAGUUCAACUAUGUUAACACAAAAAUGUGUAAUCGUUGAACUGAAAAUCCCAAGCAAGUGUGUUAAAGUGAACUCAUAAUGUAAUGCUGAUUCUCACAGUGGAACGCUAGGGCUAGACGUUUGCCGCGCAAACUUUUUAUUUUGCGAAAAAAUUGAAACAAAGAGGGAAGAAAUUACAGCUACUCGAACGAAUUAAAUGAUUGAUUUUUGCCAAUACACGAAAUGGACCAAAAAAGCGAAUCGAUUCCAAUCGCUGUGAAGAUAGAACGUGAAGGAAAGUUGCUGAAGCAAGCAAUAAUCGCUGUUGGUACCGAUUCAACAUUUACAAGUGUUAUCCAGCGGGCUCUGGAACAACCGCUGGCCGUGGAACAGAUUCAAAGCGUUUUUGCUGGGGUCAAAUCAUUUGAUCAAAGCGACCUUUUCAACAUUCCAGCACAGAACACCUUGUCGAACUGCGUCGCUGCUUUGGGCGGAUGUUCAAAAGUGCUCUGCAUCCUCGUACCGGAAAUUCCGGAACGACCUCCGGUAAAGAAUGCGCUUGCGAAUUUAAUGAAAAAUGCGGCGAUGGUCAAGCUUCCAGAAGAAAAGGCCGAGAACGAUGGGCGCUCCUGCAUCCACAAUCGAGUUGUGCAAUACCUUCGGGAACAAAGCAUUGGAUUUAGACCGUUCCAGAAAAACGAGAUGGAUGCUUUCAUGACUACCGUCGGUUCUACGUUAUGGCAGCUGGACGGAAGCUGGCACAAAUUUCACACGGCGUCAAACGUACAAGCUCUCCCAGAAUCGCUACAUUUUGUCCCAGAAGGCCGUGAUUCAUAUCGCAUUCUACAUCACGGAAACCACAAGAAAAAGUGCACUCCCCAAAUAAAAUCGGACGAACUGUUGGUCAAUUACGAACGCCUCGAACUCUUGACAACGAAACGCUAUCUGCAGGCCGAAGACUGGAAACCGGUUUUACGUGAUAUUCAACAGCUGAAAGAUUCUAUUGGUGACUAUCUUCGCCACGUUUUUAGAGCCUGUGAUGUUAAGUCCGCUCCAUCAUGUGAUUUGGAGAAAGUAGAUGUUGAAAACCGCGUCCUAAAAGUGGUCCUCCCCGUCCAUCAGCGAGAUGAAAGUGUUAAGCUGCGUUACAAGGACCUGGAAAAACGUCUUUUGGAUGUCCCUACUUACACCGAGUUGAAUAUGAUUUUUGUCACACCGAUUGAACGCAGGAUGAAGCACAAAUAUAUUAUUAGACUCCAGCUGGGAUUUGCAGUUCAUCUGUAUCGUACGUAUUCCCCAAAUGCGACGUUUGUGUGGAGGAUUGAUCUGAGCGAUAGUGACGUAAACUCUGCGUUGGUUGUGGCGAGAAUUGAGAAGAACCUGUUUGAACGAGUUAUGGCUGAUAAGCUUAAAAAGCUGGAAGAAACCUUCGGAGGAACCGCCAACUGGACUGAGUCGAAAGUUCUAGAACUCGUCUCGGCAGCGCAAGAGGAUGAUUCUCCACCGAACGGUGCCACCCAAGCGGGCUAUAAACUGCUGCUUGACGAAGGCUAUGGAGUUUCGGAGGCCGUUGAGCUGGAGAAAGAUGCAGUAGCAUGCUCAACGGGAAAGUUCUCAAACUUCUGGGACUCCGUUUCGAAGGUUCUGGCGGCCGACGACUUAACUGUCGCUGAGGAACGGCGACAUGGCGAGACAAGCUGGAUUUCUCCUCUGUGUGUGUCGCUGAGCGAUCUUAUGCGGAAAUGUGAGGUUGAAAUGGAACGCAGUUUCCCUAAUUCGCCGAUGAACUUCAUUCCGUCUUACGAGUACUUUAGGCUCCAGUUCGUGCCACGCAACAGUCAUACAGAAGUAUCUAAAAGGUACUACGGGCGAUUUGACGUCAAAUUCGGCUUACAAAAGCGAACAUUGCACAAGUCACAUGUUGACCAGCACUUCGGAGCCAAGCAAUUCCAGUUUCUUAAAGCCAUGGCUGGAAAAUUUUGUGAUCAUUCACUUGCGUUUUUCAUGGAUGACAAAGCAACGAUUCCAGUUGGUUUCGUCGGAGCGCCGGUCAGUGCCACUCGUCGACAAAGAAGUGUGCUGAUGGCCGGCUUGGACGGCAGAGGAUUGAAUGCCAUGGACCAUGAUAACAUUCCGCAGCAUAUCGUGCCAUCAGUGUCUAUCAAGAUUUCCCACCAAAGGAACUCACCGAUUCGUGGUACUGUGGAAAGCCGAUCAUUACUCUCAAAGAUGCAAUUUUCCAACCGUCAUCUGCUUUUCGCCAUGCUGCGGAGGUUGUGAAACAUUUGUCGGUUGCCGAUCACAAUCGACCAAUGAUGUUUUUUGGGACAGACGGUGGCCCCGACCACAACGUUACGUCGAUUCUGGUGAUGCUCAGCUACAUAUACAUCUUCAUAGAACUUGAUUUGGACUUUCUGGGAGCCGCACGCACGCCGCCAAACUUCUCUGUUGUUAACCCAGCUGAGAGAUUCAUGAGUGUUGCAAACAUCGCUCUGGUGGGUGUGUCGUUGUCAAGAAAUAACCUGGGAGCCGACGAGAAGAAAGUGAAAUCUUUCACGAGCAAAAAGCAGUGGCGAGAUGCACACCAGAAACGUCCGGAUAUUGAUUACCCUCAGCUGGCUCUGGAUGGGACGAAAGAUGCUAGAAAGCUGUUGUCGGAUCGAUUUGAACGUCUCACUUACAAGGGAGAACAGGUCCAGAUCGGCGAGCCGGCAACUGAAGAGGAGAUAUCGGAGCUAAAGUUGAAGAUUUCCGCGCUGUUUGACAUCGACUUUUCUGCUGCACUGCUAAAAGCGAAAGUUCUGAAAGUUCCUGCCGUGGAGGAAUUUUUCGCCGACCACGUACGAUGCACGAAGUACACGUUCCAGGUGAAAAAGUGUAAGAAGGACGAAUGUCGAUUUCAUGAGAAAAUUCGACUUCCGGUAGAAGUUUUCGAUGAUGUUCAUUGGGUGCCAAGUCCAGAGUUGAAAGGGGACCACUAUCUUAACUUUGAGGACGUCUAUGGUAGGGAUCCCACAGACAAGGACGUGCCCAGCCUGAACACUGCAGGAUCAUUGGAAUCAGAUGCUUUGAAACCGCCGUUCCCCCUGGCGCACACGCGAGCCAGGAUGAUAGUUCGUUGCACCGAGUGUGAGUUUCCUCGAUUGCUGUAUACAAAGUACGGCAUCGACAAGUCUCUUAAGGCUAAACUGGAGGCAUAUUUCGAGGAAAAAUUAUUUGUCUGCGGAGCUGAUCUUCCAGAACCCAUUUCUCUACAUUAUUAUCAAACAGGAUCAGCACUGCCAGGAUUUAUGCCACAGUGUGCAAAAUGUCUAUGUGACGUCACCCGGACGCCCAACACUAUCUUGUACUGCGAUAAGUGCUGUACACAGACGCCGAAACCAGUGAAAGUGUUUAAGAAGCAAGGAAGGCCGAAGAAGAAUUAAGCUGCUGUGAUGUUGAUUCAAUGUUUAUUGAUCACUUUUUUUUUACAUACAUUUGUAUUCGUUACAAGAAAUAUAAAAUAAGCCAUUUGCAAGUUUUUU